GAAAAGAUUUAAGAGUAGGGGCCAAACAUUCGUGAAGCGGUGGCUUGUUCCUGCGACGCGGAGCAUCUGCGCUGUGUCUGGAACCAUCUCUUCCUUCCGAGUUGUGACUGUGAGAGCUGUGUCACUUUCGUUCUCUUGUGUCAAGUUAUCAUCUUUUUCAGUUCAGAUGAAAACCCAAUACGUGAAGCAACUGCUCCGUAAUAUCUAUUCUACCAAAUUUUUUCUGAAUAGAGAAGAACCAUAUCGGAACUAUAUUCAUAGUGUUUUCAACCGGCUUCAAUUGCCAAGGUCAAGUGCAGACAAGGCGGAAGAUGAUAAGCUAAAAGAAGAGCAAGAAAAACGUCAAAUAUCUUUCAAGUCUGAAGUUAAGAAGAAGGCAGACGACAGUUAUGUGAUUAGCAAAUACAGUUCUGAUGAUGAAGUUCCCUCGGAUAAUAAGUGGAAGUUAGAGCUGGCUUGGCUCACAAAGGCACUUGAACCAGCUCUGCAAUUUUGUAGGCGGGCUCUGCCAACAGGAGAUGGAAUUGAAAACAAACCCCCACCAACCAGUCGUUCCCUUAUGGAAAUAAUUGCCUGCAUUCAACGAAGCAAGAUUGGAAUCCAGGAUUGGAGCUUGAGUGACCUUACGAUUGGCUUGUAUCUGAUAUAUCUUCGUCAAGCUUCUACACAUCCAUUUGAAGAUAUCAAAGGCAUUCAGAUUUCGUCAGAAUCAAUAGUUCAAGAUCUCAUUUAUCAUCUGGAGUUGGCUAAAGGUGCUUAUAAGGAUAAUCCUGUAGUUCUUUCAAGAAACAGCAUGCUCAGAGAAAGUAAUGUCAUAAAAUUUGUUAGGAACUCCAGUAUAAUGAGGCCUGCGUAUUAUAUAGGGGUUGAUACCCGUAAAAAGCUUGUAAUUUUGGGAAUUCGUGGAACUCGUGCUGUAUAUGACCUUAUCACUGAUAUUCUUUCAUCAAGUGAUGGUGAAGUCACCUUUGAAGGCUAUUCAACCCACUUUGGCACUGCUGAAUCUGCUCGUUGGUUUCUUCAUCAUGAGAUUGAAAUCAUAAGAAAAUGUUUGGAGAAACAUGAGGGAUUUAGGUUAAGACUUGUGGGUCAUUCUCUGGGAGGUGCUAUAGCUUCUUUAUUAGCAAUAAUGAUCCAUAGAAAAUCAUCAAAGGAACUGGGUUUUAGCCCUGACAUUGUAUCUGCUGUUGGAUAUGGAACUCCACCAUGUGUUUCCAGAGAACUUGCUGAAAGCUGCUCUGGCUAUGUAACAACAGUAGUGAUGCAGGAUGAUGUUAUACCUAGAUUGAGUGUAGCUUCCCUAACAAGGCUCAGAAAUGAAAUUCUUCAAACUGAUUGGAUGAGUGUAAUUCAGAAAGAAGAAUGGAAAAGCUUUAUAGAUUUGGUUACAAAUGCGAAGCAGUUUGUGUCUUCGGUGCAAGAUGUAGCUCUCAAACUUGCUGAUUAUGCAAAUUUCAGGAGAAACAAAAGUUCAUAUGUUGGUCCCAUCAGUAAGGAGUUGCCAGAGUCUACAGAAGCUCCUCUGUCCGCGAAAGCAGCAAAGGAGAAUUCAGUUGUCAUGAAAGUAAAGGGAACUAAACCUGCAGUUUCUGAUGAGUUAUUUAUACCUGGGACUGUUUACUAUCUGAAAAGGAACUUGGGAUCGCAAAAUGAUGUUGGAAAUGAUUUUUACACCCUUUUGAAGAGGCAACCUGGUGAGCAUUUCCAGAGGAUAAUCCUUUCAGGCAAUUUGAUCACAGACCACAGAAGUGAUAGCCAUUAUUAUGCUUUGAGAGAUGUCCUUAAAGGUUUGCCAUGGUGCGGCCAGGAAGAUAUUUUUAGAUAGCAAAUUUUUUCAUUAUUUUUUAGUUUUUUCAGGAUACUAUUUGAUUGGAAUAAAACUGUGCAUUUUGUAACUUGUUUUCUGCAUUUAGAGGGUGCCUUACAGCUCCGUAGUCUUUGCAGAGGUGUCAGGAACAGCAUAGUAGAUUACAAGUUGAGCAAUUUGUGUAAAAUAGAAUAAAAAAUAUGGAUAGUUGUUCCUAUCCUCAAAAUAAACUUUGCAUUAGUUCUGAGUCAAACAUUCAAUUGUUGAUGUGUGUUUCCUUGAGGGCCAAUACA